CACAACAAUAACAGCGCGCGUUUCAUCAGACGACCGGGAAGGAGAAGCUGCGAUUGUUUGCCUUUUAAAAGUGGCAUUUGCGGAGCUGAGCGGCUCCCUCCGUCGGGAGCUAGCAUCCGGGUUAGCCCGAAACCGUCGGCCGAGCGCCGCGGGGUGACGGAAGUGUCCUCCUCCGGCCGCUUUCUCCUCGCUCGGACGCUCAGCGCCACGGAGACGCCCGGCAGCUUUUCAUGCGGGCGCGGGAGUUCUUUCGGACAUUUUGAUGGGAGGCGGCUGGCCGCCGCCGGGUGGACGUCGCGGGCAGCACUUGCUCGCGAGGCCGGCGCGGAGGCGGCGUCGGCGGCCGCGGACACUGCGACGUUCCGGGCCCGUAUGGAGUCUCUGGCCGGCUACGUGCACAAGGCGGCCGCCGAGGGUCGCGUCCUCACGCUGGCCGCGCUGCUGCUUAACCACAGCGAGGCCGAGACGCGCUUUCUGCUGGCCUUCGUCAGCCAGCAGGCGGGCCAGAGGUCAACGCCUCUCAUCAUCGCCGCCCGCAACGGACACGACAAGGUGGUCCGCCUGCUGCUCGAGCACUACCGCGUGGACACCGAGCAGACCGGCACCACGCGCUUCGACGGCUACGUGAUCGACGGGGCGACGGCGCUGUGGUGCGCGGCGGGCGGCGGCCACUUCGAGGUGGUGCGCCUGCUGGUGGCUCACGGCGCCAACGUCAACCACACCACCGUCACCAACUCCACGCCGCUGCGGGCGGCCUGCUUCGACGGGCGUCUGGACAUCGUGCGCUUCCUGGUGGAGCACGGCACCGACAUGGCCAUCACCAACAAGUAUGACAACACCUGCCUGAUGAUCGCCGCCUACAAAGGCCACAGCGAGGUGGUGCGCUUCCUGCUGGAGCGCGGCGCCGACCCCGACGCCAGGGCCCGCUGCGGCGCCACCGCCCUGCACUUCGCCGCCGACGCCGGCCACCUGGCCGUGGUGGCCGAGCUGGUGCGGCGGCGCGCCGUCAUGGCGGCCAACGGCCACGGCAUGACGCCGCUGAAGGUGGCGGCGGAGAGCUGCAAGGAGGACGUGGUGGAGCUGCUGCUGGCGCACGGCGACUGCGAGCCGGCGCGCCGCGUGGAGGCGCUGGAGCUGCUGGGCGCCUCCUUCGCCAACGACCGCGAGAACUACGACCUCGGCAAGACGUACCGCUACCUGCGCGCCGCCAUGGACGAGCGCCGGCGCCACGCCGCCGUCAUGCCGGCCAAGGAGGCGCCGGCGCCGCCGCCCGUCGAGGCGUACGGCGGCCGGCCCGAGUGCCGCACGCCGGCCGAGCUGGAGGCCAUCCGGGGCGACCGCGACGCCCUGCACAUGGAGGGCCUGAUGAUCCGCGAGCGCAUCCUGGGCCCGGACAGCGCCGACGUGUCGCACCCCAUCAUCUACCGCGGCGCCGUCUACGCCGACAACAUGGACUUUGAGCGCUGCAUCAAGCUGUGGCUGCACGCGCUGCGCCUGCGCCAGCGGGGCCAGCGCAACACGCACAAGGACCUGCUGCGCUUUGCGCAAGUCUUCUCGCAGAUGCUGCACCUGAAGGAGCGACUGAGCGCCGACGCGGUGGAGCAGGUGCUGGGCUGCAGCGCGCUGGAGAUGAGCCGCAGCAUGGCGCGCGCCCGCUCGGCGCCCGAGGGCGAGCUGACUCAGGCGGCCGACAACUACGAGUCCAACGUCUUCACCUUCCUCUACCUGGCCUGCAUCGCCACCAAGACGCCGUGCGCGGACGAGCGGGAACGCGCCCGCAUCAACAAGCACGUGUACGACGUGGUCCGGCUGGACCCGCGAGCCCGCGGCGGCGCCACCCUCCUGCACCUGGCCAUCAGCUCCAGCACGCCCGUCGAUGACUUUCACACCAACGACGUGUGCGGAUUCCCCAACGCGCAGGUGACCAAGCUCCUACUGGACUGCGGCGCCCGCGUGGACGCGGUGGACGGCGAAGGCAACACGCCGCUGCACGUGAUCGUGCAGUACAACCGUCCCAUCAGCGACUUCCUGACCCUGCACGCCAUCAUCAUCAGCCUGGUGGAGGCGGGGGCGCACACGGACCGCGCCAACAAGCAGAAGAAGACGCCGCUGGACGAGAGCACCACCGGCGUGUCGGAGAUCCUCCUCAAGACGCAGAUGAAGAUGAGCCUCAAGUGCCUGGCGGCGAGGGCCGUGCGACGCCACCGCCUCGCCUACCGCCACCAGAUUCCCGCCAGCCUCGAGGAGUUUGUCGACUUCCACUGACCCCGGCUCGGCAAGUCCAUUUGAAUAUUUUUUUGGGGGGGGGGGGAAGAACUCCUUACUGCACUGCGCGCUAUGUACGAAAUGAGCAAAUGACGCGUUCUUUUUCCUAUCAAAUAUUUUUGAUGAUCCCGAUAUAUUGAUCUCAGGUCACAUCCCAAAAUCGCUUGCGUCGUUCUCCACCUCCAUAUUUGUUCAACGUUUCAACGAGAUUGCUUCUCGUCUUUGCCUCCAAAUCAGCCCGUUCGUUUAAAAUUCUUCAAAUUUCAGUUUCUCUGCACAAAGCCAAAGUGGGAAAACCGUUUUAAAAAAAAAUAUUUUCUCAGUUACGGCUUGUAACAACGCCGCCCAAAUGACACCAUCUCAAUAUUCGUGCUCGAUAGCGCCAUCUAUGAAAUUCAUUCAAAUGAAUUAUUUUUUGUUAUCAUGAUAAUUAGAGUCGAUGAGUAACACGGUGCUACUUAAAAAAAAAAGG